AUGCGGGGAAUGUGGCGGUUGACGCUACCACUUCGCACCUCUUCGUCCUCAUUCUCCAACAGCCGGCGUCUUGUGGGACGCGAAACGGUCUUUUUGCCAUGGAACGCGCGGCCGUGGCCCUCGUACGAGACACAUGCCGACCAGUGGCGUUUUCUUGACCGCACUCUCUCCGCCGUUGUUGGCAUGACACCAGCGGAGGUCUCGGCGAAGUCCUUGCGACUCUGCCCGCGACGUCUUCUGCAGGACAUUGAGGACCCUGCGCUCAUGCUGCAGCGUCGACGACAGCGUGCACUGAAGCAGCAACAGGAACAGGAACAGCAGCGGCGGCGGCGAAGGACGGAGGAACCUUCACUCAACACAUCGGCGGGGGCACGCACAAGCUGUGCCGUGACGACAAGCAACACCAACAAGGACAAGAGUGCGUGUGGCGUACUGGAGGAGAGAAGGAAAAGCACGGCUGUGGCCAAGUCGGCACCUGCGAGUAUUCCUUUCCCUACAGUUGCUUCCUCCACAACCGGCCGCGGGAGCAAUCGUGCUCGAAAGAAGAGGGAAUUGUUGGACCCUCCUGUUGGGAUGCCGGAAGACAUUCCCGCAUCGUCCUCAUCCCUAUCUGCAGCAACUUCCCCACCAGCAGCAACAAGAACAACAACGGCAGCAGCAGUCUGUGUUCCUGCAACGGUGACUGCUCCGAAGACUUCUAUUAAUGCUUCUAUUACCAACUUUGGGAAUACUUCGGCCAAUCGAUCAUCAUCUUCUUGCUCUUCUUCUUCGGCACGUACCCCCGCAACAGCACUGGACACUAAGACGCCAGUGCGCCAUCCACGCACCGAGAAGACCACAACCGCUGAAACGUUGGGAAAGGGAGAAAAGAGGAACACGAACAAUGGCAACAAAUUGAUCCAGCAUGAGUCUAAAAUGUUAACAAGUACAGCCUCUAUCGAGGCGAUAAAAAAUGAAGAGACGGAGGAGUCACGUAUGGCAGCGAGGGAAUUUGCCGAUUUGAAGGAAAGCACCUCCAUUUUGCAUCCCCCGCUAAGAAAAUUAAAACAGUCACGCAGUCAAGGCAAAGGAGGCAAGCGCGGUAAUAAGUAA